AAACUAUUUUGAUGAAAUACUGGAUAAAUUUAGGUUGUAUAACUCGUUUGACGCUACUAUUUUUCGUGUUUGGCUCUUAUCAUCUUGGACAACUGCCCCGAUCCAUUGAUGACCCGUAUUUUAUUUUGAUUACAGUCAAUUACUUCAAUUUCUAACUGACACGCUGGUCUUUGAACAACCCUCAGUUAACAGGUUUUAAUCACAGUUAAAAGAACAGAUAAAAAGUUGAUUUUUGAUCUCCCAAAGUUAAAUACUGACUGAUAUUUAUUUUUUAAGUUGUAGAACUGACCCUCAGAGAUGUCCUCAAAAUAUUCAAUUUUACUACCUACGUACAAUGAAAAAGAAAAUUUACCCGUCAUAGUUUAUCUAAUACAUAAAUACUUGGAACCUAGGUAAUUUAUUUUGGUUAUUUAAUUAAAAUGUAAUUUAAUGUACUUAAAAAUAAAAUAAAUCUACGAAGUAUUAAAAUCAAUUGUUUGCUAAGUAGAUAUAUACAUAUAAUGUGGGUACUAAUUUAUAAAUGUAUGUAAUUAUGCAUCUAGGUACUCAUUUCCCAUUAUAAGUAUAAUAUUAAUAAUAUUGGAAUUAAAGUUUAAAAAAAAUGUUGAAUAUUUCCUCAUAUUUGUUUAUACAUGUUUUGAGUGUUUUUGUUGAACUUUCCAUGCAAUUAAAAACUAUUGCACUGUAUUAUGUGUGUUAUAAAAAGGUAUAUAUAUAUUUCUUUUUCUCUGUACAUUAGGACACUUAUAUAUGACCAAAAGGGCUCAAACUUGCGAAUUUUAGUUUUUUUUUUAUAAGCGAAUUAAAGUGAUUAAAUGUUGGUUGUAUUUCAAUAAGAACUUCACCAUAUUAUUGCAGGAAAAAUUUGUUUUUUUAGCUUUGUACACCACCUUUUUUUUUUACAAUCCUUAGAUUAGUUCAAAGAUUGAUGGAUCUCCAUUUGUCUCUCCAUUACAGUUACUUUUAGUUCUUUGUAAUUAACUUUUCCUAUGUUUUCUAUAAUCUGUUUCAUAAUAAAUGAUGUUCUUGAUCUACCUCUUCCAGCUUUUUCUUUUAUUAUUGUUAUUAUCCAUUCAUUGUUUCUUAUUGUGUGUCCAAUCUAUUUUUUUCGUUUGAUCGUUUUCCAUUUUGUUUUCCGUUUGUUCAUUAUUAGGUAUAUUUCUCCAUUUUUAAUUUUCUCUGUCCAAGCAUUCUUCUCCAGCACCAUGUUUCAAAAGUUUCAAUGUUUUUUCUUUUCGCUUUGAGUAUUAUCCAUGGUUCUGCCUCAUAGAGAGCUAUACUCCAUACAAAACUCUUUAUUACAGUUUUUCUUGUCUCCAGACUAACAUUGUUUGCCAUGAAUAGGUGUUUCUUCUUAUAAAAUACUAUUUUGCUUGUGCUAUUUUAAUCUUUAUGUCCAUCUUGCCUUUUCCAUCAUAUGUUAUUUUGCUUCCUUUGUAAAACAUUGAACAGUUUCCAGCUUUUAUUAUUUUAAGUUGUUAUGUUCAAAAUCAAUGCUUGCUUGCUACAUAUUAGUAUUUUUGUUUUAUUCUUGUUUAUUAAUUUUGUACUCUUUACAGCUAUCAUUACUUUUUGUUAACAUUUUGCCUAAUUUUUCUUCACUGUCUAUUGUCACUGCUAUGUUGUCUGCUAAACGCAACAUUUGUAUUAUAAUACCUACCAUUAAUUUUUAUUCCUCCAAUAUCUUCUUCCCCUAAUUUUUUUAGUACACCACUAGAGACCCUCAAAUAAAACAAAUUACCAGGGUUAUGGAGUUUUGUAUAUGCAAAGUGUUUGGUGGUUUUAACUUUUAACUCUCCUCAACCAUUUUUAUGCUCAGAUUUCAUGUUUUCACAAGAAAUACCUAGUUAAAUUUCCUUACAAACUUAUGUAAUAUUAUUAUGGUAACAAAUUAGUUGGGGAAAAAUUAGACUAGUGACAAAGCUUUACUGCUCAUGCGUUUUCUUAUUUUUUUUUUUAUGUUAUUUCUUAUUUUCAUGUUAAUGACCUAUGUACUGAGUUUAAGUGUCUAUGUGUUCAGUUUAGGUAGCUAACAUAAAUUAUUUUCAUUGCAAAUUUUAAAUGUUUAAAAUCUAUGUGUGACUAUUGAAAAAUUUAAUUACUGCUAUGUUAUAUUUUCGAAAACUUAGGCAUUAUAAAAUGUAUGUUUGGGGGUAAAUAUUUAAUUUUACUUGUGUAUUGUUCUUAAUUUUAUAUUAAUAUAUAACCGAUAGAGGCUAAUAAUACAAUAACUUUUGCAAUACAAUUAAUAAUAAGUACCUUAUGGACACAGAAAACUAGUAUAAUUGUACAUAAAAUGUGUUUUUGGCUAAAUUGUGCCUAUAAUAUUUAUAUUAAUUUCUGUUAAAAUACUACAUCUGGUUUUCGUAACUUUAUAUAUAUAUAUAAAUAUAUAUACAGGGAGAUUUUUUUAUCAUGAACCAGCAAUUAUAUCGGAAAAUUUUAAAUGAAUCUGAUUUCUGUUUUUUUCUAAUCAUUAAAGAAUUGUUUAAGCUUUAUUUUAAAACCAUUUUUAAUUUUAUAUUCCAACUCCAUAUACCAUAAGUUAGUACAUACAUUUGAUUUUCAAAUAGGAACCUCCUCCCUUUUUGAACACAGAUUAGAAUAGAGAAUAUUUUUCUAGAAAUUUUAUUAUACAUAAUACUAAUAUCAGAUUUAUUACCAUUCUCUACUCCUCUGGUCUAAAUUGUAAACUGUUAUAUUUCACAAAUGGAAAAUCAAAAGUAUGUACUUAAGGUAUAUGGAGUUGGAAUAAAAAUUAAAAAUGAUUUUAAAAUAAAGUUUAAAUGAUUCUAUAAUGAUUAGAAAAAAACAGAAAUCAAAUUCACUUAAAAUCCUCCGAGAUAAUUGCUGGUUCAUGAUAAAAAAAUCACCCUGUAUAUAUAUUUAUAUGAAUUUAAACAAAUAAAUAAAUAGUAAAUUUUAGGAUAAAUCAUCAUUGGCUUAUGAACAAUAAUUUAUUCAUUUAACUAUUGAUUAUAGUGGAAUAGAGUAUGAAAUAAUUAUAAUAGAUGAUGGAAGCCCAGAUGGAACUUUGGAAGUUGCCAAACAACUUGAAACCAUAUAUGGAAAAAAUAAAAUAGUAAGAAAUAAUAUAUUUAUAUUUUUUAAGUUCUUGUUGAUAUUAAUUUACGUUUCAGUUAUUAAGACCCCGAGGAAAAAAACUUGGAUUGGGCACUGCGUAUAUUCAUGGUAUGAAACAUGCCACUGGGGACUUCGUUAUAAUAAUGGAUGCUGAUUUAUCUCAUCAUGUUAGUUACAAUUUGAUUACUAAGCAAAUUAUUAAUUUUAAUUAAAUUAUUAUUAUAAUAUUGUUUAGCCAAAAUUUAUACCAGAUUUUAUUAAAAAACAAGAUGAACAGAAUUUUGAUAUUGUGACUGGAUCACGAUAUAUAGGCAAUGGUGGAGUUAAUGGUUGGGAUUUAAAAAGAAAAUUAGUAAGUCGUGGUGCUAAUUUUGUCACCCAAUUAUUAUUGAGACCCAAAGUUUCUGAUCUCACUGGGAGUUUUAGGUAAAUUAAUAUUUUUAUUCAGAUUAAAUACCAUUUUAUUAUACCAAAUUUUUUUCUUAUUUCAGAUUAUAUAAAAAGCCAGUUUUGGAAAAAUUGAUAGAAUCAUGUGUAUCAAAAGGUUAUGUAUUUCAAAUGGAGAUGAUGAUACGUGCUAGGGAACUUAAUUAUAGUAUUGGUGAAGUCCCAAUAACAUUUGUAGAUAGAGUUUACGGAGAGUCUAAACUAGGGGGAUCAGAAAUAAUAGAAUUUGCUAAAUCUUUGUUAUAUUUAUUUGCUACUACAUAAUAUAUUUUUCAAUGUUAUUAAUUAUUUAUUUAGUAUUUAACACGUAGUGUCUAAAAAAUAACCUAAUUUAUAUAAUAAAUUGUUUAUUGCAAAUUAACUGUAUCCUUUUAAAUACUUCUCAUUGAUUAGAAUACACUUGUCCCAUCGCCGAUCUCAUUGCUCAAAACAUCUUUAGGCUUUUCAGUUGCUUCAUUGUUAUAUGUUUGAUGGUAUUCCCAUCAUCCCUGUACCGCUCCCUCAUAACCAUUUUGCAAUUUGAGAAUAAAAAUAAAUCACUGGGAAUUAAGUCUUGGAGAGCAGUGGUGAAGUAUUAUUAUAGAAUUUUGAGCCAGGAUUACAAAUGAACAUAACUUUCUAAAUUCCAAAUUAUCAGUCAAAAUUCUAUGUAUUAAUAAUUUUCCCAUAUUUAGCUUAUCAACUAUCAUCUGAACAGUCAUUUGUUAGUCAGCAAGCACAAAAGACUGCACAUGUUCCAUGUUUUGGUCUUUGUGUAAAGUGGAAGGACAUCCUGAUCUUACAUUGUGUUUAAAGUCUUCACAUCAUCGAUAAAAUACUUAAUACACUUAAAAAUAGCUGUUUUUAAGACAUUAUCUCUAUUAAUAGUAAUUAAUAUUUUAUUAAAUUCCUAUGAUGUUUUUUUAAAUUUCAUCAAAAAUUUGAUAAUCAUUCAUUGAUUGUUCCAUUUAUUCAUUAGUUACCACUUUUGCAAAAGGCAGGAAAAAAAGUAAAACAAAACUGAAUAUAACUUUAUCUGUGUUAAUAGCUCGGCAGUCAACUAGUUAGCUAUUACUAACUAAUAGUACUAAUAGGUAUAGAUAAAUUAUUAUCUACAUUUUGAACCACUAAAGACACUCAGCUUGUGAAUAUUUUGGAUAAACUACGUAUUAUUCAUAUACAUAUAUAUACCUAAUUUUACAGUGUAAAAUAAUAAUUAAUAUUAACAGCCAUUCCAUUCUACUCUUUCAUUAGUAUUUAAUUAAUUAUCUAUUAUAUUUUGGUUAUUAUUAUUAAUAGUUAACAUUGUCCUGGGUUUUUUUUUUAAGUUUUGAUUUGAGAAUUAAAAAAAGUUAUCAUAACUUUUUAAUCAUUUGUUAUUCAAAUUUAAAAAUUGUACGCAAAACAUAACAGUAAUUUUUGUGUUUUUAAAAUUGUUUAUAAAAUAAUUAGAUAAAUAAUAUUAUGAAUUGGAUUAUCUUGUUUAUGUAAUUUUAUGAAGUAAGUGUGGAGCAUCUAUUUUGUAAUCAGAUUUUAUUAAUAUUUUCUUUUAGACUUUAGGUAUGAUUUCUUUCGAAUUUGUUAUCGGUUUAUUUAUUUAAUUAAUGUAAGUAAAUUAUAGUUGGGUCAUAUGUUAAGUUUUGAAUAUUAUUAUUAUUUAUAGAAUCCAAAGUUUUUUAAUAUAUUUCAUUAAUUUAAAUGAAAAAGGAUUUGAUUUAUCUACUGGAACUAUUUUUGAAUUAUUUGUUUUUAAUUUAUUUACUAUGUUGUUAAUAAUUGUAUUUUGUUAUUUAACUACACUAUUUAUUUUUAAUAUUUAUUGGGCCUUUUUUUAUAGUUUUUAUUGGUGCUGUUUAUUAAAUUAUAUCUUGUUUGAUUUUGAUUUUGAAAUUAUAUAUAAUUUAUAAAGGAUUC